AUGGAGGCGGCGGCGGUGCUGGGGGGAUGGGGGCCGCUGGGGGCCCUCGUCCUGGUUCUGGUCGCGGUCCCGCUGCUGGCGGCCGCUUUCCGCCGCGCCGCCCCGCGGGGGCUGUCCGCCGCGCCGCCGGCUGGCCCCGGGGCUAGCAGCGCCGCCGCCGCCAGGCCGGAGGGCCUCAGGAAGGCGAAGCUGCCGGCGCGGGCCCGCAGGGACAAGCCGCAGCCGCACAGCUUCACGCACCGGCUCCUGGUCGCCGCCCUCAAGGGCCACAGCGGCUCCGUGUCCUGCCUGGACUUCAGCAGCAGCGGCAAGUACCUGGCGUCGUGUGCUGACGACCGCACCGUCCGCCUGUGGAGCACCCGCGACUUCACAGCGCGUGAGCACCGGUGUCUGCGGGCCAACGUGGAGCUGGACCACGCUGAGCUCGUCCGCUUCAGCCCAGACUGCAGGGCAUUCAUUGUGUGGCUGGCGAAUGGCGAGACUAUUCGCGUCUACAAAAUGACUAAGAAGGAUGAUGGCAACUUCACCUUCACUGCGACUUCUGAGGACUUCCCAAAGAAACACAAAGCUCCUGUCAUCAAUAUAGGAAUUGCAGAGACAGGAAAGUUUAUCAUGACAGCUUCCAGUGAUACUACCAUCCUGAUCUGGAACCUGAAAGGUGAAGUCCUUGCCAGCAUUAACACUAACCAGAUGAACAAUGCCUAUGCUGCAGUGUCACCCUGUGGGAGGUUUGUGGCAUCAUGUGGCUUUACCCCUGAUGUAAAGGUGUGGGAAGUGUGCUUUGGCAAAAGUGGAGACUUCCGGGAAGUGACCAGGGCUUUUGAGUUGAAAGGCCACACUGCUGGCAUACAUUACUUCUCCUUCUCUAAUGACUCGAGGCGGAUGGCAACUGUUUCGAAGGAUGGUACGUGGAAAUUCUGGGACACAGAUGUGGAAUAUAAGAAGCAACAAGAUCCAUACCUGCUUCUGACAGGGAAGUGUGAAGUAACAGAACCGUGUCACAUUGCCCUGUCCCCUGACGCUCAUGUCGCAGCCAUCUCCUGUGGUACAAGCAUUAUUGUGUACAACACUCGAAGAGGAGAAGAGGAGGAGCGCUUUGUUGGUGUUCACGGACAGUACAUAACAGACUUGGCUUUUGACACCAGCAGCCGCUACCUGGUGUCUUGCGGAGACCGGGCCAUCCGGGUGUUCCACAACACUGCUGGCUACCGGGCGGUGGUGGAGGAGAUGGAGACCAUGCUGAAAAAAACUGCCAACAAAGCCACCCGAGAGAGACUGGAGCAGCAGAUCGCCAGUGCCAGGAAGGCACUGGCGGCGAUCUACGGCAGGAAGCACUAGUCCUCUUUGCCCACGGGAGCGGCUUCCCGUUCUGUGCAGCUGCAGGGAGCAGCGUGCUGCGGCUGAUUUUUAAUGACCCUGAACGACUUGUAAUAAACGAGCGCUCCGCCUGCUCACGCAGA